CCUCAUUUCUCUCUCUUUCCGGAUUGAUUCGCACUCUCUGCAAUUCGAAUGGAAAUUGCGUGAUUUUUCUGAAAGAAUUAAAAGGGUUUGUUGCUUGAUCGAUUUGCUGAAUUGGGUCGCUCUCACUUGCUGUCGACGAUGAAGGUGACCGUAGUUUCGCGGAGUGGCCGAGAAGUUGUCAAGGGCGGCCUUGAGCUCACUGAUUCUGCCAUUGUAGCUGAUCUGCAGGAUGCAAUCUAUAAGCGAACCAAAAAGUUUUAUCCUGCAAGACAGCGGCUUACUCUCCCUGUCCAACCAGGAUCAAAAGAGAGGCCUGUUGUCCUUAGCUACAAGAAAAGUCUCCAAGAUUACAUCAGUGGGAACUCAGAUAACUUAACUGUGGUGUUCAAGGACCUGGGGCCACAAGUGUCCUACAGAACACUCUUCUUCUUUGAGUAUUUGGGCCCUUUGAUCCUUUAUCCCGUCUUUUACUACUUCCCUGUCUACAACUACUUGGGCUUCAAAGGUGACCGUGUCAUCCAGCCGGUUCAGACAUAUGCUCUAUACUACUGGUGCUUCCACUACUUCAAACGUAUUAUGGAAACAUUUUUCGUACAUCGCUUCAGCCAUGCAACCUCACCACUCUCCAAUGUAUUCCGGAAUUGUGCUUACUAUUGGAGCUUUGGCGCUUUCAUAGCUUAUUACCUGAAUCACCCACUUUACACCCCUGUUAGUGACCUCCAAAUGAAGAUUGGGUUUGGUUUUGGGAUAAUAUGUCAAAUCUCAAACUUGUAUUGUCAUAUCCUGUUGAGGAACCUGCGAAGCCCAGAUGGAAAUGGAGGAUAUCAAAUCCCACGGGGUUUUCUGUUCAAUAUUGUGACGUGUGCAAAUUACACAACAGAGAUCUAUCAAUGGUUGGGCUUCAAUAUAGCAACGCAGACAGUCGCUGGUUAUAUCUUUCUCAUAGUUGCCGCUUCCAUCAUGACCAAUUGGGCUCUUGCAAAGCACCGACGUCUUAAGAAGAUAUUUGAUGGGAAAGACGGAAGACCCAAGUAUCCACGCCGAUGGGUGAUCCUACCUCCAUUCCUGUAGAAGCGAUUGGCUCCUGGAUUCCAUUCCACCCAUGCUGGCUUGAGGGAGUUAAAAUCUGAUAUUUACCCCAUGAUUUAUCGUAGCAUUCCGUUUAGAUACUGUUCAUUUGAACUACUUAGGAUUCGCUUGUCGAUCUAUAAAAGAUAGGUCAUCUUGUUCUUCUUGUUUGAACUGUGUUGUAAUUUGCACUUGUUGACUAUGAAAUUUCUCCUUUCCCCCCCCUUAAA